GGCCUUUGCCUCCAAAGGGACGACGUGUGGAAAGUGAUUGCUUGGUUUCUCCUCAGGACCUUGUCACAGUCUCGUUACCUACCUUGUAUCGAUUCAGUCCAUGUUCUUUGCGACCGGGUGCGCAUUGUUCUUUUCGCCUUUCGAGUCGCAGCCGAAUUGUGCUCCUCAGGUUCCAUUCUCCAUCCCGUCGUCUAUUUCGACCGGACUCUGGACUCUCACACGCCGACGUUGAAGUGUAUUAGACGUUGCGCCCUGUCUGUGCUCCGGCUACUGCCCGUUGUACAUACCGUCGUCCCCUCCUUGUGUUCGGGUAGUGCCGUGUCGGUGCGCAUCCGUCAAGGCUUCACACAUUGCGCUUUGCCUUACAACCUAGAGGUAGCCUUGUGAGACCUCCGAUUCCCGUACCUUCGUUUUUAGGUUGCCUAGGCUGUCUUGGUCGUCGACCUGUCUCAGACUUGCUGCCCUAUCGCCACUCACGCCGUUGCUGAAUUUCCAGAUUCAUCAAGAAUUACUUUGCAAAACACCACGUCGGCUUCGCUCGCUUUUUUAUUGAAGAAAUCGGACCACUCUAGGCAGGACCAACUAGAUACCUUACUGGGUAACACACCGCAGCUUCCUCACUUCGAAAGUGGAAGAUUCGGGCUGUUUCACCUUCUUGACUUGUCCCUAUUCAGCAAACAAGUGCACUCCUUUCUGGAAUUUGGACGAUUUCGUCCAAAGCCCUCCGAUAGCGGAUUAGCUUGACGUCCACCAACUCCAUCGUUCUUGCGCGUCGCCCCAGGUGGAAGUCGAAACGACCCGCUCACUUAUCAUCUCAUUUACACGCCGAUUUGCGGGCUCCACUCGUUCAAAGAGAAUCGGAAAGUGCAAACGAUUGGGAGGGCGGAAAAGAGGAAAGCGAUACCCACCAGACUGGGCUUUCUUUCUGGAUGCCAAAUAUAAUCCAGGUCCUACCCUUGACUACUCCAGAAAUCCCCGAUUUCCGAUUACCCACCCACCAGAUUAAUCGGUCUCGAACCCAGUUCAACCAGUCAUAACAGUCUUCAGUCAUCCUCGUCGUCGACUGUUCAGCACUGACUGCCGUGCUCUUCUGUCGAUCUGGUCGAUCUACACGCUCUGGUUACCUUUCUUGGUCUUUGAGAGAUCACCUAUAUACAUUUUGCUCGGAUUAUUCGGGUCCUACCACACCGGAAAUUUUCACGUGAAGACGUUCAAAGGGCAGGAUCUGAGCACCCUUUCUCGUUUAAACGGCAACGGUAGUCCGUGUCUUUGAGAGAGACGACAUCUCGCCUCGCCUUGUGUGGGGGUAUCUGUUCCUCCAGAGUUGGCACUUGACACUCAUUGGAUUUCGUUUUCGUCUCCACGAGGCAACAAACACUGUCGGACAAUCAUUAUCACUGGACCUCAAAGACGACAAACCAACGCUGCCAACGACGACUGCCAGUAGACAGUGGGAUGGCGAUACUCUAAGUUCUGGCUGUUGCUUGCACGAGACUGCAGCUCUUCAACCCUGAGGAUAUUUCAAGCAGUUCACCAUGGGCGCUUGGGAAACUGAAGACGAGGGGACCGACCCGGCGGUGUCGUUGCCGACCCGCAACCCUUCGAUACGCAACCGUUCUCGAAACCAAUCCCGAGCUUCGCGCAGAUCCAGACGGUCCAUCACACCAACGAACAGGUCGGGAAGCUCCUCCCCGCCACCUUUGCCCGCCGAUUGGGUUGACAAGGGAUCAAAAAGAGCAUCGAAAGCCAUAAGCAUAGACGACAACAUCAGCAUUCUUGACCCACGAAGAUUUACCCCCACGCUUCACGCCAGUCUAGUCUCAGAGAUAUUGUCUUUGAGACGUGAUCAAGAGGAGAAGCUUAAAGUCAUCGAGGGCUUGGAAACGUCGCUGCAGACUACACGAGAAGAGUCCGAGUCCUUGCAAACGACGCUUUUGAACACUACCAAGGAAAGCCGGUCGUUGAAACGCCAGAUAGCACUUUUGGAAGGCGGAACUUCUUCUGCAUUAGAUCAACUGACCAAAGAGCGCGAUGAGGCUGUGGAAUCUGCGAACGACACCAAGAAGAGGCUAGAGACCACCCAGAAGAAACUGAGAAACCAGGAGGAGGAUAUCGAACGUGUUCAUCAGCAAUGGACGAAAGAAAAGGAUAUGUGGGAGGAGGAGAAGCGGAAGCUUGAGGUCCGUAUCCACGUCGCGGAAAGCCGCCUGAAGGUGGUCCUUGAUGAGGUCACUGCAUUCCAAGCUGCGCAGGCAACCGCUAGCCUUGAUCGCCCUAAGAGUGCGGCUGGCAGCGAAACCGGACAAGAAAACGAUGGCGCAAGCGUCCGAACUCUCAGCUUGACCAACAGCAUUCGGUUCUCUACUGUCAGUGGAAUGAUGAAGCCGAACGGUAAAACCUUGGCAGACGAGCUUGAUUUUGAUGGAGACUACGAGGAUGAAAGCGACUACGGAGGCCGUCAGAGUGUCUUGUCUAAUCGUGGACACAUGCGAAUCACGAGCCGUGACAGUGCGUUCGUGCGGUUUUCGAGCCGUGAAAGCGGUCACAUGCGACAUGGAAGCCGCGAUACCCUUUUCUCCAUCAAGACACACCGACGACACCGAAGCUCCGAAAGCCUUCUCAGAUCUGCUAGCAUUAAUCGUGGAAAGCUGUCUCUGAACCAGUCCACCCUUGAUAGACUGGAAGGCGCCGUGAUCAAGGAGGAUGAAGAGUUGCAGCCGCAAACACCGAAGCCGACUUAUGUCGAUACUGGAAUUCAAUACUCGCCGCCUGCCUCUCCCAGGAUUGCGCCAACCGAACCAUGGACUCCUCAACCAGCCCUAACUCCGUCUCACCAACCAUACGAGAGGCCAUCUGAUGUUGAUAGCCCACCCCGUACCGACACUGAAUCUGAGCCAAACUCAAGAAGGAAGAGAGUCAACCUUGGGGGUCCGUUGUCAAUUAAGCCACCCAACUCACAAAACUUGAUGGUAAACGGAGCGACACAAACCAUGGCGGAGCCGCUCAGCCCACCUCGAACACCCAAGUGGCCAGGCCAGGAUUCACUGCCCACACCCCAAGCGACGCCAUCUUCUAUGGUAACUUCCUUUACACAAACCGAAGCUCCUUCGGUUCAGCUGCAGCCAAUCGGCCUCGAAUCUCCUUCAUACACUAUUCCCAGUAUCAGCAUCAUCCCUCCUUCGAGCCGACCUGCGUCGCCGUGCGAGCCAGUCCUGGAGCCCCUAUCUAAGGACUUUGGCUGCCAGGUCUCCAUGCCUGCUCGUGUGCCUAUGCAGUCGACUGCAGUGCAAACUGAGGAGAUUCGGGUUGACUUACGGUUGGCUAAGCUUCCAACCCACCUGCAUCCCUCCGCCAUCAUCUCGAGACCUGUUUCGCCAGCCGUGUCGUCCGUUGAUCAGCACGCCGAGGAAGCUAGACAGUUCACUCCAGUACCAGGAAACCUACCACCUCGCAACCCAAGGCGACUGACCAACAAGCACAGUUCGUCUGAGAUCCCAUCCUCGCCACCUAUCGCAGCAUCUCCGAUCUUGGAAAAUAUGCAUGAUGCCUACCCUGGAAGUAACGAUGACGGGCCGUUGUCUCAUCAUGACGCUCCUAUUCGAAGACCGCGCCGGAUUGGCAGCUUGUUUGCCGAUUUCAAUGGACAUAGCUCGGACGAGGAAGAAUUUAUGGAUCCGGCGGACCAGAGCGAUUCAGAAUAUCGCACAGCUUUAUCUGCUCCCAGGCCUGUGACCAACUCUAGCUUUGGCAAACGUAGCUCUGGAAGCACUGCACCAAUGAGCUCACCAGAGCACACCUUUUUCCAAAGGACUGCUGGGAUACAUAACACUCUUCGCGGACUUGAAGAGGAGGAAAAUGACACUUCAGACGUCUUUGACUCUGUCAGCAUUUUCCAUCAGCGCGAUAGCCGCGAUCUGAGCCUGGUUCGAACUGCUUCCAGGCGUUCAGGACGGUCAACCGCUUCCAAGGCAAAUGGCAUGCGAAGGGCUGCUCUGAUACAGAGCGGCAUCGUAUCUCACUCUUUGGCAAGAACCUCGAGCCAUACUACGGACACCGCGGAACCGCCAUUCCCUAUCCCAAAACGUGCCAGUUCGAAGAACCCUGUUAAUACUAGUAGUCCCAGCGAGGGGCGCGGCGCAACCCCUGUGAGAAGUAACGAGGGGAUUCACAGGCGAGGUUCAAGUCGUGGUCCUUACCGGGCAAACAGCAUCCGGAAAGCCCGUCCUCCAUCGGCAGUCUCGCGUAAGAGAAGCCAGCGACGUGGAAGCAGGUCUCCUCCACCCUUCAUGCCCCCAACUCAAGCAUCUGACAGCCAUGAUUUACCUCCUCUGCCGCGCAACACUAUCAGCAAUCCAAAAAAGACAGAUCGGUCGCAACGGUCGACAACGACAGCGCAGACAGACGAUCUGCCAGGUCGACCUACCAGUAACUCUAGUCAGUCGACGAGUGUAGUUGAUGCUAUCGCUAAGACAAUGGUUGGAGAAUGGAUGUUCAAGUAUGUCAGAAGACGGAAGUCGUUUGGUAUGACGGACAAAAAUGGCGAUGACAGUAGCAACGACCGUCACAAGCGAUGGGUUUGGAUAGCCCCCUAUGAGCGCGCGAUCCUCUGGAGUAGUAAACAACCCUCAUCUGGGAGCGCGCUGUUGGGUAAAUCCGGACGCAAAUUGGUCAUUCAAUCUGUUCUUGACGUGAAAGACGAGAACCCAGCUCCCAAGGGAUCGGGCCCGCUUUUCCACAGAUCGAUCUUGAUCUUGACGCCACAGAGAGCACUUAAAUUCACGGCAGUCAAUGCAGAACGACACUAUCUCUGGUUGACGGCGUUAUCAUUCUUGGCUCAUUCGACUCAAGCCAUUCCUGAGAACCUCGCGGUCCCAACCCCAGACCCGCAGCCUGAGGUGUUCGAGCUGCCCAAGCCCAAGCCGGCGGCCGUACCGCCACCAGCACAAGCACCCACAUCCGUACCAGUUCCCAAGGCCAGGGCCCGAAGACCUAUUCGUGAUUCUAUUCGGUUGACAAAGGCGAAGGCGGCCGUAAUCGAAACGGAACCUGACAGAAGCUUCCCACUACGAAUGAGUGAAGACAGUGCCGUGCCCCCAAGCAUACCGACCUUCCGACCUACACUGGCCGAGUCUUACAACUUUAACCCGGUGGUGAUGCACAAUCGCGAAGAGUCGUAUGAUUCCACCAUACCCCCUGCCAUUCCUCGGUUCAACGAACGGAACCUGCACGCUGCACUGCACAAUCGCAAGCGUAGUAGCACUGGUGGCUAUCUUCCGCCGCCGAUCUCAUAUCGAGGAUUGUCCGGACCGAUGAGUGGUGGAAGCUCCCAUGCGCCGUCUGAUAGUACAGCCGGCAUGAGUGUUGCCGGCUCGUCCGAUAUCUUCAGCAAUGCUGGAGCACCGAGUGUCAUGGGAUCUAGCAUCCUGGGCUCAAGCGGCAUGACAUGGGGAACGGGGUCUGUAUCUCGUGUGUCGGAGGCGUCGAGUCGACCUAGUGCUCCCAACUUCUUUGACGCGAUCGGAACUGUGCGUAUGGAAGCAUUCAUACAGCCAAUGGCCUUCACCAAAUACGAUGACGACCAAGAGAGCUAUCGUUACAUGGCCCGCCGCCGAAGCAAGGAGUUUCGAAGGAGACACAGCCGAAGCUGGCACAGGGACAGCAUUUUAAGUGGAAACACUCGGAUCACUCUCGGAAGCGAUCCCAUCGAGGACUAUGGGUACGACAGAGAUGACCCGUUCAGGGGAUUCUAAGAAGGUUAUUUAAAGCAUGGCGUUGGAGUUUUAUACUCGUUGCCUCUUUUCAGUGCAACCCAUUGCUGGCGCUCAUUUCUUUUCUUAUGUUUAGUUUUGUUAACAAUUCGGAGAGGCGGAAAAUUUGACGGCGGAAACUUUGUUUAGCAGACCAAGACUUUGAUUUCUUCAAUCAUCACACCCCUCCAAAACCAGAAAGGGGCAAGAUCAAAGAAAAAGUUAAGACGAGGCAAACAUUUACGGACACUAGAGUCCACCAUAACUAUAACUUUUAAGCCGACCAAAAGAGGGUCCCUCGAAAAGGAGGAGGCUGUAAAAGGCAACGGCACAAACACUUUACUUUGAAUCCUCACAUACCUACCACAUACUAACCUCGUAUUUCCUUUAUCUAUUUUCCUUUCAAUUUCACUUCUCAUGCAUCCACUUGGAUGCUGUUCUGUACAUUAUCACGGCAUGUGUAAACACCUGUAUGUAUAUCGUCAACGGCGACGGCAAAGAUGCGGCUUACAAGCUCAUUUGGAGCAUUCAAAGUCGAACAAAUCCUGGGGGAAAUUACCAGCAACCCCGAUUCCUCAGAGGUAGAGACUCGUCAGGCCCCGGAGAGGGGAUGGAUCCGAUCUCAGAUCGAGACACGAUGCGUUCAUUUGUGGACGUUUCAAGGGUAACAGCAAUAUAGAAACAGAUCAC